AUGGCUCACCUGCAAGCAUCGCACCUCUUCUCGGUUCAGGACCGCGUGGUGGUCAUCACCGGCGGUGGCAGUGGACUGGGCCGCACAAUGGCCCGCGCCCUCACAACCAACGGCGCAUCCAAGGUCUUCGUGCUGGGUCGACGAGAGGACGCCCUCAACGAAACAGUCUCCCAGUCUGAGCGUAGCAGCGUCGUCAUCCCCGUGCCCUGCGAUGUCACCUCCAAGGAGUCCCUGGAAGCAGCCUAUCAGACCAUCGCAGCGCAGACGAGCCAUGUCGACCUCCUCGUCGCGAAUAGCGGGACAAUGGGUACGCAGAUGCGUCCCCCCGGCCCCAAGGCAGACGGGUCGAUGCCCACACUCUCCGAAGUGCGCGAGACACUGUUCUCCAUCCCCAUGGAGGACUUCUCCUCCGUGCUGAACGUCAACGUUGUGGGCACCUACUACACCGUCCUCGCUUUCCUGCCAUUGCUAGAAGCAGCCAACAAGCGCCGCCCGGCACCAGAGACGGACGUUCUGGCACCCCCGAGUGCGCAGGUGAUCAUCACCAGCUCGAUCGCGGGGUUCCUUCGUCUGGUGCCAUUUAGCUAUGCGUAUAAUUUGUCCAAGGCGGCGACGACGCAUCUCGUCAAGAUGCUAUCGACGACGCUAGCGCCGUAUCUGAUUCGGGGACUGGGGGUUUCGGACGGAUCGUUUGCGAAGGAGAUGAUUCCUGCGACGAGGGGUGGUGCGGAGCAGGAUAUUGCAGGACUGAUUGUUUGGAUGGCGAGUGCCUCUGGGGGGUACCUGAAUGGGAGUAUUAUGGUUACGGAUGGGGGCAGGCUGGGAGUUGUGCCGUCUGUCUAUUAG